UGCGCGGCACGCACACAAUUCCACACUGAGCUUGAGACGGAGAGGGAACAAGAGAGAAGGGGGAAAGAAUGAGGAAGAACUCGCACUCACCUUUUCGUCCUCCCAAACGCAGAUUCGCUGAUAAAGCAUCUGUUAUCUGAUAUUUCUUUAACCAGUCGUGGAAAAUUCGGAGUGUAUGGGAAUCUGGGAGUGUUUUUUCGUACUCGAAAGGCUAUCUCUAUCUCUCCAUCUCGUAUAAAAAGCAAAGCGAAUGCAAGCUACUCUACUGUCCAUACGCAUUCAGCGCCUUCUCUCCACUACUGCUGACUUCUCCGGGAAUCUACACGGACCCCAGCAAAAAGGUUUUGAACAUCCACAUCAGUCCUAGGUGACAAUGAGGUGCUCCGAGGUUUCUCCCUUUAUCUCUUUGGGUUUGAGGUGUUUGGUCAUUUUUGCCAUCCUCUGCUGUAAGAUCCCGUAUGUGACCGCGGAGGAUGUCACUUCCAGCUCGGAACACUCUGUACCCCUCAACAGCUCCUGUUCCGACGGCGCAGUGUGUACCAAGGGUGUCGUACUGCCGGUCUGGCUUCCCCGGAACCCCUCUUUCGGUGACAAGGUGGCGCGGGCUACGGUUUACUUUGUGGCACUCGUCUACAUGUUCCUGGGCGUCUCCAUCAUCGCUGACCGCUUCAUGGCCUCAAUUGAAGUUAUCACGUCCCAGGAGAAGGAGAUCACCAUUAAGAAACCUAACGGCGAGACCACUACCACCACUGUGAGGAUCUGGAACGAGACCGUGUCCAACCUGACCCUCAUGGCCCUGGGUUCUUCUGCCCCAGAGAUCCUGCUGUCCGUCAUUGAGGUCUGUGGCCACAAUUUCGAAGCGGGCGAAUUGGGUCCCUCCACCAUUGUGGGCAGUGCGGCGUUCAACAUGUUUGUCAUCAUCGGGAUUUGUGUGUACGUGGUGCCCGACGGGGAGGUGCGCAAGGUCAAGCACCUGCGCGUGUUCUUCGUCACAGCCUCCUGGAGCAUCUUUGCCUACCUGUGGCUCUACCUGAUCCUGGACGUCAUCUCCCCGGGCGUGGUGCAGGUGUGGGAGGGCCUGCUGACACUCUUCUUCUUCCCCAUCUGCGUGUUGUUCGCCUGGAUCGCCGACCGGCGUCUGCUCUUCUACAAGUAUGUCUACAAGCGCUACCGCACCGGCAAGCACCGUGGGAUGAUCAUCGAGACUGAGGGCGACCGGCCGCUGCCCUCCAAGGUGGACAUCGAGAUGGACGGCAAGAUGCUCAACUCGCACGCUGUGGACUUCAUGGACGGCUCGCUGGCCCUAGACCUGGACGACAAGGAUCUGGAUGAGGAGGAGGCUCGACGGGACAUGGCCAAGAUCCUGAAGGAGCUCAAGCAGAAGCACCCAGACAAGGAAUGUGAGCAGCUCAUCGAGCUGGCCAACUACCAGGUGUUGAGCCAGCAGCAGAAGAGCCGCGCUUUCUACCGCUGCCAAGCCACUCGUCUGAUGACGGGCGCAGGGAACAUCCUGAAGAAGCACGCGGCCGACCAGGCGCGCAAGGCAGUCAGCAUGCAGGAGGUGCGCAGCGAUGCCGACGCCAACGACCCCAUCUCAAAGAUCUACUUUGACCCCGGCUCCUACCAGUGCCUGGAGAAUUGCGGCACAGUGGCAGUGACGGUGGUGCGCCGCGGUGGCGACCUCACCCAGACAGUGUCGGUGGAGUUCCGCACGGAGGACGGCACGGCCAACGCCGGCUCUGACUACGAGUUCACCGAGGGCACAGUGGUGUUUAAGGCUGGCGAGACGGCCAAGGAGAUCCGCGUGGGCAUCAUCGACGAUGACAUCUUCGAGGAGGACGAGAACUUCCUCAUCCACCUGAGCAAUGUGCGCGUGUUGUCUGAGGGUACUGAGCUUAGCGGUGGCGAGCCAGCCGACGAGUCCACCACCCCGACGGCCGCCGCCAACCACCAUGCGGAGGUCAUCGCCUGCAUCGGUGCGCCCUCCACUGCAACCGUCACCAUCUUUGACGACGACCAUGCUGGCAUCUUCACCUUCGAGGAGCCAGUGAUGCAUGUGAGUGAGAGCGUGGGCACCAUGGAGGUGAAGGUCCUGCGUACAUCCGGAGCUCGGGGAGUGGUCACUCUGCCCUACAAGACCCUCGAGGGAUCAGCGCGCGGAGGCGGUGAGGACUUUGAGGACUCCCAUGGCAUCCUGGAGUUCCAGAACGAUGAGAUCUUGAAGGUGAUUUAUGUGAGGGUGCUUGACCGAGAGGAGUAUGAUAAACAGUGCAGCUUCUUCAUUGAGCUGCAGACACCACAGUGGAGGAGGAAAGGAUGGACAGAGGAGGCUGAGCCAGAGCAGGAAGAGGCGGAGCUACUGACAGGGGAGGAAGAGGAAGAGAGACGCAUCGCUGAGAUGGGAAGGCCCAUGCUGGGAGACCACGUCAAGCUGGAGGUCAUCAUCGAGGAGUCCUAUGAGUUCAAGAAUACAGUGGAUAAAUUGAUAAAGAAAACAAAUCUGGCACUGCUUGUGGGCACCAACAGCUGGAGAGAUCAGUUCAUCGAGGCCAUCACAGUCAGCGCUGGCGAGGAUGACGACGACGAUGAGUGCGGCGAGGAGAAGCUGCCCUCCUGCUUCGACUAUGUCAUGCAUUUCCUGACGGUCUUCUGGAAGGUUCUGUUCGCCUUCGUGCCACCCACCGACUACUGGAACGGUUGGGCGUGCUUCUGCGUGUCCAUCAUCAUGAUCGGUCUGCUCACGGCGCUCAUCGGCGACCUGGCCUCCCACUUCGGCUGCACCGUCGGCCUCAAGGACUCCGUCACCGCCGUGGUGUUUGUGGCUCUCGGGACGUCUGUACCAGACACCUUCGCUAGCAAAGUGGCGGCCAUCCAGGACCAGUACGCCGACGCGUCUAUCGGCAACGUGACGGGCAGCAAUGCGGUCAACGUGUUCCUGGGCAUCGGCGUGGCGUGGUCCAUCGCUGCCAUCUACCACAACUCCAAGGGCAGAGAGUUCCGGGUGGAUCCGGGCAACCUGGCCUUCUCGGUCACUCUCUUCACCAUCUUCGCCUUUAUCUGUGUGGCCGUGCUCAUGUACCGGCGCCGGCCUGACAUCAACGGCGAGCUGGGCGGCCCGCGGACUGCCAAGGUCAUCACCACCAUGCUGUUCAUCAGCCUCUGGCUUCUCUACAUCCUCUUCAGCUCGCUGGAGGCCUACUGCCACAUCACCGGCUUCUGAAUGCACACACACACACACACACACUCCUACAUACUCACACACAUACACACACACUAACACACAUGAACACACACACACAUACAUACACUCACAUACACACAUGAACACAUACU